AUGGCUCAGAUCAAAGGCCUCAAUGCUCAUGAUCGUCCUCCAGACUCCAUCCGUCAACGCUACAAGAAAUAUCAGAAAACUCCUCUAGCGGAAAUUGACCACGACUCUAGCAUACUUGAUCUCCAGGCUUUGGACCCGGACAGUCUUCCAGAUGGCAUCUCUGUUUCGGAAUGGAGGUCCAGCGAGGACUUUCGACUGGCAUUUGACCAGUUCGUCAAAGGCGACGGCAGUGUAUGGCAGCACAGAGGUCCUUUACUUGAAAAUAUUCCCGUCUUUACUCAUCGAUCCGUCUCUGGCCUGCUAAUGAUCCCGUCGAUGUUUCCCCCUACCGUCCAGAUCGAACUGCUGUCUCGUCUAUUCCACCGCGAUCUGUCAAACAACGAACACCAGACGAAUCUUCAUCUGCAUUACGAUGUUACCUAUCCCUAUCAGGCGCAAAACACCGAGAUUCCAGAUGGCCCUGGUUCUUCAAGCUCAGACCAAACUCGGAAUCAAAUCCCAUCAUUCUUUGCAGACGAUCCAACGAGGACCAUCCACCCCAAGGAUCCAGGAACGCAUAAGCCGAUCACGGUACAGAACUUGUUAGAGAAAAAGCUCCGCUGGAUCACACUUGGCGGCCAAUAUGAUUGGACUGCCAAAGUAUACCCAGACGGCCCCCCCCCUCCAUUCCCGAAUGAUGUUGCGGAGCUCUUGCGCGCAGCCUUUCCAGAGACGGAAGCGCAAGCUGCAAUACUGAACGUUUAUUCCGCCGGGGAUACAUUGAGCGCCCAUCGCGAUGUCAGCGAGGAGUGUGAUGUGGGCUUGAUCAGUGUCAGUUUCGGUUGCGAUGGAUUGUUCAUGAUUAGCCAUGACGAUGGUAUUGAGUGUGAAAUUAUUCGUCUUCGAUCAGGAGACGCUGUGUAUAUGAAUGGUCCAUCGCGAUUUGCAUGGCAUGGAGUGCCAAAGGUCUUACCAGAAACAUGUCCGAAUUGGCUAGCAGACUGGCCAUCGCUAUCUCACGACAAAACUGAUCCAUCGCAAUAUGCACUUUGGAAGGGCUGGAUGUCCGGAAAGAGAAUCAACUUGAACGUCCGACAAAUGACGAAUUCUAUGCUACAUGAGGCGGUUGUUACUGGCCAUUGA